AUGUCGGCGCCUGGGGGCGAUGGCGGUUGGAUUCGCUCCCUUUUCGGGGGCGCAAUGACCUGUGACAUUCCAGAAUUUUUGGAUGACAUGAGCAAAAUAAUGAUUGUUCCUGACCAGCAAGAGGCGUUCGUUAACGACGAUGGGAGCAUAAGUGUCAUCAUCGAGGUACUGGAACAUCAACCGGUGCCGGACACACAGGCUGCCGAGUUCUUUUUCAACGACCUCAUGGCUGAAAACUCCUCUCUGUCCUCAAGAAUCUUGGAUACGUCGAUUGUGCCCAAGGAAGAGCCCCCCAUGCAAGGACACGCGCUUGCAUUUCUUAAGGGGGAGUUCCAAGUUCAGAAGAAACGUGCUGCAAGGCCUGACCACGUACUGGUGCGGCUGGCAAUCGUACGAAUCCCAGAGCACCGCGCGGAUAUAGUCAUCUCCAUGAACGAAAGAGUAACUGAAACUGCGGACGGACAUGGGAAUCAUGCAGAAAUAGGCGCAGCAGGAUCAUUGGAUGACGCAUUUCGCCUAAUUGUUGAAUCAUUUAGAAUCCUCGACUAUGGUUUAUUUACUUAG